GGUGUGCAGCUGCCGUUCAUAAGCUCAUGUUUAUGAGCUCAGAAAUGUAUAAAACCAGUGAGUGGCUGAAGUCACCACAAUCGCUGUCUCAUCAGAGUCUCAGGUCUGUUGUUGCCAUGUUGGUGUUUUCUUGGUCUGUUCUGGUCCUGUUGCUGGCCUCCUCCUCCUGGGCUGAUGAAGAUGCAGCUGCUCCUGCAGAGGACACGUCCAGAGAGCUUUCAGUGAGUGAACUCCUGGAGAGAGCCAACCGGGAUCGCACCCCCGACUUUGACGAGCCUUCAGUAAUCGAAGGAGACAUCGCUAUCAAUCCGGACACGGACAGGAAUGCUGAUCCCUGCACCGCCAGAGGCUGCAAGUGGUUAAAGUGGACGGACGGCAAAGCCUACAUUCCUUACUUCAUUGCAAAUCACUACUCUUCCCGUGAAGUCGCCAUCAUCACUCGUGGACUGGAGUCCUUCUCUGCAGUCUCCUGCAUCCGUUUCAGACCAUACCAGAACGGAGAUCGUGAAUGGCUGAGCAUUGAGUCCAGGAGCGGUUGUUACUCCUAUGUGGGUCGUCAAGGCGGUGGUCAGGUUGUGUCUCUGGACCGUGCUGGCUGCGUGUACCAUGGCACCGUCCAACACGAGCUGCUCCAUGCCCUCGGCUUCAACCACGAACAGACUCGCUCUGACAGGGACAACCACAUCAGGGUGCACUGGGAAAACAUCAUUGAUGGCAUGGAGUAUAACUUCUACAAGAUUGACACUCUGAACCAGGGCACUCCUUAUGACUACAACUCUGUCAUGCAAUAUGAGAGGUACGCCUUCUCCAAGAACAACCGCCCCACCAUGGAGCCCAUUCCUGACAGCAACGUGUCCUUUGGAAAAGCCACCCAGAUGAGCCAGAACGACAUCGACAGGCUGAACAGACUUUACGAGUGCUAAGCAGCACCUGACCUUUGACCUGCUGUCUGACACGCCCAGAGCUUGAAGACUUGUGGCUGAAUGAGCAGAAGUGCAGGCCGCCUCAAACACUGACC